AUGUUGAAGUACACUCUUCUGUAUUGUCUCUCGCUCCUCGCAGUUGCACCCAAUGCGUGCAAUGCCAGGGUUGUUGAAAAGGAGACUCGUGCUCCAGCUCCCAAAGCUCAAGUCUGGAGGGGACUAGGCGGAUUGUUUUCAGGCCACCCUGGUGUCGUCUCUUGGGCACCUGGACGGACGGAUGUGUUCGUCAGAGGAACUGACAACGCUGUCUACCACAAGUGGCAAAACGGUGGUCCUGGCUCGGCAUGGGGUCCUAGUGAAACUGGCUACGAGAACCUCGGAGGUACCAUCUAUGGCGAUGUUACCGCCGUUUCCUGGGCUGCAAAUCGCAUUGAUCUCUUUGUUCUGGGCACAGACAACGCCUGUUAUCAUAAAUGGUGGAGUGGCACUGCUUGGAGCAGUUGGGGUUCUCUCGGUGGCGGCAUCAUUGGCGAGAUCAGUGCUGUAGCCUGGGGACCAAACAGACUUGAUCUGUUCGUCCGAGGCAUGGACAACGCAGUCUACCAUAAGUAUUGGAACGGUGCUUGGAGCGGAUGGGAGAACAUGGGUGGCACCAUUGUUGGUAGCCCGCAGGCAGUCUCCUGGGGUGCCAACCGCAUCGAUGUAUUCGUGAGAGGCGCAGAUAAUGCUGUCUAUCACAAGGCAUGGAACGGUUCGUCGUGGUCAGGUUGGAUCAACUUGGGCGGUACGGUCAUGGAUGACAUCACCGCUGUUUCUUAUGCGUCCAACAGAAUAGAUCUGUUCGUCCGAGGAACAAACAAUGCCCUCUUCCAGAAGUCUUGGAACGGAGCAGCAUGGACCGCUUGGGUCAGUCUUGGAGGCACCAUCAUGUCCCGGCCAUCGGCGACAGCCUGGGGUGGCAAGUACAUCACUGUUGCGGCUCAAGGCGGUAACAAUGCGGUAUAUUUGAAGGAAUACAACGGGGCUGCUUGGGGCGACUGGAGAUCUGUCGGUGGUGUGGUGACGGAUGCGCCUGUGAUUAAUCCUCGCGGUGAUUUUGGCGCGGCUGUUUUCGCCAGAGGAACCAAUGCUGCUCUGUAUUCGUAUGAGUAG